AACAGCCAGACAUAAAUAGCUGAUACUAGUCUGCAGAGCACAAGUCACGCCACAACUUCUGUGUGGUACCGGGAACGAAAACAAACGAUAUGAAGUAUCUUUCCGUUAUUUUACUGUUUACUUGCCUGGGAUUCUCCGUUCAGAAAUCCACCCCCCAAGAUGACCACUACGUAGGAGCUGUUGUGGAGUACACAGUUACUGGGAAUGUUGAGACUAACUUAUUGAACUACGUUAAUCUUAUUAAGACAGCAGCAGAUCAGGGAGCUGAUAUUGUGGUGUUCCCAGAGCUGACGCUCACAAAUGGCUCGACCACAUUCGGAGUACCAAUAUAUGGGAAUCUAGUACAGCAUCCCGUCCCAGCUCUGAGCCCUGAUUUAUAUGAUGAGUUCAUGGUGACGAUAUCGAACGCAGCGCUACAAAAUGAAAUCUACGUGGUGAUAAACGGUCGUGAGCUGUUGGACUGCACGGUGCAGCAGCCUGCAGGCGAAGACUGUCCGGAGGCGAAGCAGUACAUCUUCAACACCAACGUUGCCUUCGACAGGACUGGCAAAGUCAUCAAUAGAUUCCGUAAGAUCAAUUUGUUCGGUGAACAUGCUCACACGCCCGCAUUGCGUCCAGACUUAGGUGUGUUCGAGACAGACUUCGGUGUCGUAUUCGGCCACUUCAUCUGCUUUGACCUGAUGUUCCAAGUGCCAGCUGUGCAGGUCGUGCAAAAAAGUCGGGUCAAGGACAUCAUAUUCCCCACUAUGUGGUUCUCUGAGCUUCCAUACUUGACAGCUGUUCAAAUACAGGAGGCAUACGCCUAUUCCUUGAACGUUAACUUCUUAGGAGCUGGAGCCAACAAUGUCAGGUUUGGUAGUGCAGGUUCCGGAAUAUAUUCAGGUAAGGCUGGUGCUCUAAUCAGUAUCAUGCCUGGUUUGCCCACAACUAAAGUGCUCGUGGCCAAAGUACCCAAGGUGCCUGGAAGGGUCACUGAACCGUACCCAGGUCCAAUAUACGAUGACCCAGCAAACCUCGACAACUUAAAACUAAUCACAGAUCCUUCCCUUCCAUCUCACGUCAGUAGACUGCUGGAGCUAGGCCCUCAAGAGUUCACCUUGGUGGACAAAGACGUGACCUGCACCUUCAAGGUCACACUCGCCCAGAGAGAAGGCAAUACACCAGUGUUGUACCGAGCCUUCGUGCAAGAUGGUACCAAUACAUAUGCGAAGCGAGAAGUAGGUGUCGCCGCUUGUCUUCUUGUCGCGUGCAAAACUGAAGACGUCAAGUCUUGCCCUUACAGGUUUAACAAACAAGAAGAGGUUACAAUAGAAAAACUAGAAAUUGAAAUGAGAACACAUCAAAACACUUACAACGAUACCCUUCAAUGUGAUAACAUCGAAUAUUUCCCAGUAACAGUUAGAUAUAACAAAUUCCCACUCAGCCCGAAGAACUUUACAUACACGGUAAAGCAAAAGGACCAACAACAGUGCGAAUCGAAGGACCAAAAUACAAUAUCGGUGUUGCAACAGGAAUUUUUUAAUAAGAAGGACCGAGACACUUUGAACUUCAAAAUAAAUGCACCUCAGAAUGAAAUAGUCGCGUUUGGUAUUUGGGGCAGAAUUUACACCAGGGACGUUGAUCACAAUAAGGAGGCUUCUCAAGAAGAUAUACAGAGCUUCAACACUCUCCUUGACGAUAUAUUCAGUUCGGAAUAAUGUGAUAGUCAUAAACAAAUAAUUGUGCCAUUUUUUUUAUAACUGAUGCUAUUUGUGUUUAUAAUGUAGAUUUUUUGCGGAAAGGAGGUCUGAUACGUUGUUGUUAUUGUAUUUUUUAUAAAUAGUUUAUAGUUUUUUUUUUAUAACUUUAGCGAAGAUAAUAAUAUGUAUGUAUGUAAAGUCGUAUAAGGUUUUAGUAAAAUUAUCUAGUUUUUGUAGGCCUAUGAAUUUUGUUUUUUUCACUGUUAAUCUGAUCAUCUAGUUUUUGUUAAGAAUUUAAAAUUUUGUCGUUUAAGAAUAAAUAAACAUUCGUAUAUUGUGUGAUAAUAAUUGUGGUGAUUGAAAGACUGAUAUACUGAUUUGGAUGAUAGACCGAAUUUAGAUGUUACGAACAAAAUAGAUACUGAAUAAAAUUGUAAACAUUUUUUUUUAUUUUUUUUUUAUUAAGGGGUUUUUAUCUUUGAUAUGCCAACCCCAUCAUAUAUCUUUUAACAAAAUGUAACUUAUCAUCAUACAUAAUUAAUACUUAACAAAAAGAAAGGAAAUUGUAUUACUCAUCAAAUACCUGUUGUGAUUAGAUUACAAAAAUUUUUUGUGGUUUCUGAGCAUGGUGCAGACAGAAUUGACUGUAGUAAGCCUACAUCCAGUUUAUUAAGUUUUAGUUCUUUAAUGAGUAAUUCACGUUCCCGUUCAUUCCGGACACAAUCCAUCAACAAAUGCUGCAUAUCCUCAUUUGUAAACUUUGUGAUAACGAAUUCUUCAAAAGAACUAUGAAAUUGGAGGAGUUUGAUUGUAAUUAGGUAAUAAGUGUCAUAAUCGCUUGUCAAAUAUAUGAAUAAUUAGCAUAUACGUAAUAGUUAUUAUUUUGAAUUCCAAAAAGAAUAGAACAGUUUUUAUCAUAAAAUAAAUAUAAACAUUAUGUACAAGAGAUGUCACAUGAAUGUUAUCUAGGUAAAAUAUUUUGAUAU